UCUUUUCUACUUAAAGGCUCCUUUGACCUCGCCUUCAACGUUUCGUUACUCUGAGCAUCAAACAAACACAAAACAAAACUUCCGCAACAAGAAACAUUAACACAGCCUCGCCAAGAUGGCUGGUCCAACAUCAAGGUCAGGAGAUAGUGACACGCUCUGCUCAACCUCCACAGAGAUGACCCUCCUACCACCACCAACCUACUCCUCCUCCGACCCAACAUCCAACGACUUCCGCACCCUCACCGUCUCCAACGCCGGCAUCGGGAACCUGAUCCUCUCUCCGCCGAGCUCAUCCAGCACCCUCUUCUACGUAAAAAACUCUCAAUGGCCCGGCAACCCCUCGGUAACUCUCUCCCUCGGCGCGAAAGGUGGUCACAUCCUAGGGGUGCUAAAACUCGGCGUCUUCUCUGAGAACACCGUCGGUCUCGGGAAUCCCAACCGGGAUAACAUCGACUACGAGAGUCUGCGACGAGUCAGCAACUGGACGCAUGGCACUUACGAGUUUGAGUUUGGGAGGAUGGGGGAUAGGAGGAGGUUCACGUGGCAGCGGACGAGACAGCCGUUAUUUGCGGAUCAGCCGGAUAUGGAGUUGAGGGAGAAUGCGGAGAGUGGUGCGGAUGGGCAGGUGCUGGCGGUUUACAAAGGGUGCCAGGGGCUGUGGUCGACCAAGAGAGGAACAUUUUAUGUGAGGAGGGGAUUGGAUAGGCAGGCGGGCGUGGAGAAAAAGUUGGAGGAUUGGAGUAACUGGGAGUUGAUGGUAUUGUUGACUGGAUGCGGGAUCAUUGAGGGGUCCAGGAGGAGGGCAAGGGCGAGGAGAAGUGGCGGUGGAGGUGGUUGAGCAACUUGCUUGGGAGACAGGAGGAAAUGAGAUCCUAGAUUCAAGAGAGAUUCUAUUCCUGACUUAUAGUAUAGGGACGGAUAGUAGUUAUAUCCAAUCAAUAAAGAGUGUUCCUAGUACCUAGACUGUUUAAGAAUAGGUCAAACUCUUGAUUUAUG